AUGGCAAACAAAGUGCAAGUCUUCUCCCCGCUGAAAGGGGGGCAUCCUCCGGCAGUAAAAGCCGGAGGAAUGUGUAUUUCCAAAAAACAAGAAAUUGGAGUCUUGGAGAGACACAGCAAAAACACAGGAUUAGAGAAAACAAGUGCCACAGCAAACACUGUCAAAAUACAGACACUUUAUGCCCUGAAUGAUACAUUGGACAAGGUCAACCACAAAUUUCCACCAACAGUACACAUGGUACAUCAAAAACCCACACCUGCUCUGGGACCAGCAUCGAUCACUCCACUAAAAAGGAUCUACAUUAUUCAGCAGCCUUGA